AUGAUCUGGGAGGGUAGAUGGGUUUCAAACUUGACAGGAGGUAAAAUUCAAUCAGCCAAACCUACCAACUGUGAAAUCAUCAAGGUGAAGCAGCUGAUCAAGGGACAACAGUGGGAUCCAGGUAUCAUAAAUAGGCUAUUUUCUGAAGAAGAGAGUGUAGCUACUCAAAGCAUCCCUUUAAGCCUCUAUGAUGGCCGAGACAGAAUAAGAUGGAAUCUCACAAGGUCGGGGAUCUACUCAGUCAAGACAGGCUACUCUCUUUUAAAGGAAAUGACAAAGAACCAUAGACCAAGCAAGUUUGAUCAGAAUGGACAAAGCACAGAGCCAAGUAAAGAAAUGAUCUGGAAAAGACUUUGGGGACUCAACUUGAAGCAUAGGAUUAAGCACUUCAUCUGGAAAUACCUCAAUCAGACCCUCCCAACAAAUGAAACAAUUGCCACACGGAUAGGGAAAGGAUGCAACGUUUGCCGAAGAUGUGGAGAAGAAGUAGAAACAAUUGAGCACUUAUUCUUUUUUUGCAGGAAUGUCCAGGAUAGCUGGAAGCUAUUCCCAAUUCAGUGGGAUGGAUGCCUCGAGCACCAGUGGAACUUCGGAAGAUGGUGGGGCAAAUUACAAGAGGCUGCUCACAGGAACCAGGGAUCAGAUCAUAUUGCCCUGACAGCAAACUUCCUGUGGCACUUAUGGAAGAGCAGGAACGAAGUCUGUUUCAAUUCUAAGGUUCAAGAAAGCCACCUGAUAGUCACCAGAGCUCAACAAGAAUGGCUUGAAUAUGAAGAGAUAGGGAAAGAAGAAAGGAGUCAAAUCUCGGAUUCAAGCCCCACAAGUCUGACCAGUGACAGGUUACCCACGGUGGAAGUCCCAGGAGCAAUGUGUGUGGCCACCUGUGGAGCUGUAGAUAGAACAAGGAAAAAGGCAGGAAUGGGAAUAGUAGUCAGAGAUAACAGUAGGAAGCUAACAGCAACAAAGGCGAUCCCUUUAACUUUCAGUGGAGAUAGGAUCUUAACAGAAGCUCUAGCAAUUCGUAUAGGAUUGUUAUUUGCAAUGGAACAAUAG